AAAAAUAGGAUUGCCAACAAUCUGAGUGACGUCACGCCAUUGGAGUCAUGGAGCCAUCUAAAAUUACAUAGGAGCACAAGAAAAUAUAUUUUUCCGACGUAUACGCUCCAUUUUAAUACAAUUAAAUAUACAAAAGUGACUAUCAAAGUGUACGACGCGAGUGUUAAAUGAAAAAAUAGUUAUAAAAGCGACUGUUCGAGUUAUAAGCGUGUGAUUUCGUUACUAAGUUACCGGAGAAUUUUUUGAUAUUUUCAAAAAGAGGCAAAUAUUAAAAAAGGGAAGCAAAACCGAAACAUGCAAAGAAAACGGCCGCCGUCCAGAAUAAAAUAACAUUUAAUAUAGGAAGAUUAUAAUAAGGAUAUGUGUUAAAGUUAACAGCAGAAACCAGUCACAAUGCCUGUCGUAUCACCUUCGAGAUACAGCAAUACGUCGUCGACCUUGACGGGGUCAUACAGGUCGACCUUGACCUCGAGCACCGUCGACAAACCCUACUACAGAUCCACAAGCGGCAACUAUGACACGUUACGGAGCUACGAGAGAUCCGAAUACAGAUCCAGGUAUUCGGAUCUUGAUGGUAAUCGAGAGAGGAAAACGAUUGUCGAGAGACGUACCUCGCGAGCGCCGAGCAUCGCUGACUCGGAUAGCGGGAUCUCGAGUAGAUACCGAUCGGAUAGGAGCGAAUCUCGAUCGAGAGAUAUAUCGACUACUCGAUCUGAAAGCAGUAAGACGUCGAGCGAUCCGUUACCAAGGGCUCGACGUCCUGUGCUCACAUCAGCUGAUUUAGCGAUGUCCCACGCUGAAUGGUACAAUAAGUACUCGCCAGCUAAUUACAUCCCAAUGACUCAGAGGAUCCAGCAGCAGCAGAAUCAGAAUUACGGGGAGAUUUCAAGGUCGAAAUCCAUCUCGAAUGACAUCGGCAGGCCCCCGGCCGCUGACCCCAGCAGGCUCGCGAGAAAAGCCAGAAACUCGGCCGCUGCUAUCUCCGAGAGACCCGAACGAAGAUCGUAUAAGGAAAGCUCGCCGAACUACAAGAGAUCUAUGGUUAACGGCGUCAAAGACACGAACGGAAACGAAGUACCAACUGUCUCGGAAAUGCGAAAGAGAUUCGACCAAAAAAUGACCGUCACCAAACUGCCGGCCAACGACUCGCGAUACACCGAGCAUUACAUAAACCAACUCAAAGAUUGCGAAAACGGGACCGUAGGGUACACGAAAGUUGUCCCGAGAGACGACAAGCCAGUCCCCGUGCAUCUGCCGUACGAAAAGAACGGCCUGAGGUGGGAAGUAGGAUCGUCUAGCUCACGAUCGAACUCCAACUCCGAUCUCUCGCUAAGCAAAACUAUCUCCGAACCCGUGUCUCUAGCGAAACCCUCAACUGACAAAAAUAACACCAUGUCAACUUCUCUCACUUGUAAAUUACCAUCCGACCGUCUUGCCAGCAUCAAAAGCCAGCUAGACCCAAACAAUCCUAUAGGGAAGAUUCUAGAAAAGUCCACCGUCAUCCAAGUUGAAAACGGUGACGGGGACUAUAAGAGGAAUAGUGUAGACAGUCAUAAAUUAAAAGAUAUAAAAAGCGAUAUAGAAAAGCAGACGAAAGCACCAAAACACACGUCUAAUUUUGCAUCCUACAUCCAGAUAUCACAGCCGGUGUCUUCAGGGGCGACGCCGAAGAAACUAAUAGAAUUAAACCAUGUCAAUGAAGAAAAGAGUGAGAAACGUGAUAAGAGAGGCAGUUUGAAAUACAUAGACUCGGAAGAUGAAAGAAUACUCCUAGAUAAUGAUAUUGAAUCUCCAAGUGGUACAGGUUUUGAAAAUAAGACGUUUGAGCAUGAGAAUUACUUGAAGAAGAGGACGGAGAAGUGUGAAGAUGGGAAGGAUGGUUUGGAAGAUGUCAAGUCGAUGGAGACCAGUACUGAGAGCACGAUCAGCGAGCCGACUGAUGAUUUGAGUCCUGAGACGCCCUGCGCCAGGAGGAAGGUGCUUGACAACAAGGAGAAUGAAGAAAAUAAAGGGGAGUUGGCCGGCGGUAAGAGCGGGCCGAGCGGCCUGCGCAGGAGCAGCGAGCGGUCCGACUCGCUCGCCGAGUCGCGCUCCGACAAGCAGCCCAGCCAUACUUGCGGCCUGAACGGGCUCCGCAACAUCGGCAACACCUGCUUCAUGAACAGCGUGCUGCAGUGCCUGUCCAACACCAAACCUCUACUAGAGUAUCUGCAGGACGACAAAUACACAGACGACAUUAAUACAAGCCUGUCUUGUAUGAAGGGCGCGCUUAUCAAAGCUUUCGGCAGCCUCAUAAAGGAGCUAUGGCGCAGUGGUGAGCGCGACGCGGUCGUCAACACCACCAGCUUCAAGUCCCAGGUGCAGAGGUUCGCGCCCCGGUUCAUGGGCUACAGCCAGCAGGAUGCACAGGAGUUCCUGCGCUACCUGCUGGAGGGUCUCCACGAGGACGUGAACCGCGUGACCGUCAAGCCCAAGCCCAUCAUUACGGAGAUCGACGACAGCCUCAGCGACUCGGCCAAGGCGGCGGAGGCCUGGUCCCGCUACCUGCGCAUGGAGGACUCGCGCGUGGGCGACAUCUUCGUGGGGCAGCUGAAGUCCACGCUGCGCUGCACGCACUGCAACCACGACAGCGUCACCUUCGACCCCUUCUGGGACCUCAGCCUGCCGAUCCCGUCCCGCACGGGCAACCUGAAGCUGCAGCAGUGUCUGCAGCACUUCACGCGCGAGGAGGAGAUGGACGGAGACGAGAAACCCACGUGCUCGAAGUGCGGCGUGCGGCGGAAGUGCCUGAAGUGGUUCACGGUGCAGAAGUUCCCGCAGGUGCUCGUGUUACAUCUCAAACGCUUCUCCCCGACGGAGCGGUUCCGCGGCAAGCUGUCGGUGGUGGUGGAGUUCCCGCUGUCGGGGCUGGACCUGUCGGCCUUCGCGGCCACGCGCGCCGCGCACGCCGUCUACAACCUGUACGCCGUCAGCAACCACUCGGGCACGACGUACUCGGGUCACUACACGGCGUACUGCAAGCAUCCCUACACCGGCGACUGGCACGAGUAUAACGACUCCAGAGUGACACCGAUCAACAGUCGCAACGUGGUGUCGUCCGAGGCUUACGUCCUAUUCUACGAGCUGGCGAGACACACGUAGCACACACACACACACACACACACACACACACACACACAUGCAGCGGCCAGUGACGUCAUAGUACAAUAAGUUAGUUGGGGACUUGACUCGAUGAUAUCAAAUGAAAACGGUUAAUCUGAAUAUAAGUUAAAACUUUAAGUUUUAACAUACAAAGUCUGAGGCUCUGAAGCAGAAAUGAUCAUCAUGAAGUGACGUAAGCAACCGCGGCGUGUGAGCGAGACAACACUAGUGCGGCAUUGUGAACAUCUAUACUAAUAUUAUAAAAUUGAAGAGGUUUUUUGUUUGAACGCAUUAAUCUCAGAAACUGGUUCAAAAAAAU